UCCGUCGGAACCAGCGGCUGCAGCAGCGGCGGCUCCGACUCAACCAGCUCAAACUCCCCGAACUCAGGGAAAGUUCGGUCUGGACCGGACCGGCCCCGCCGGUUCCGACCGGCUCCGACCGUGCCCUCCGCGGCGGGACUGGCUGUGGUUCUGGACCGGGACCGAACCGAACCCGGGACACUUCCAAACUCUUCAGAUUCUGCCGCCUCAUCGGACCUUGUGAUUCCCCCGUUCCCUCUCAUGGCCCGCUCCGCCUGACCCAUGGCCCAGAUCUCUGGGACCGGGUUCCAGCGGGACGGCCCCCCGGGGGCCCCCAGGGGGAUUGUGGGUAAAGAGGAGGCGCUCCGCAUGGAGGAGGAGGCUCUGGCCCGGCUACAGCGGGAGAAACGGGUCGUUGUGCCGCCGUCGCCCCGGCUGACCCAACCCGUCGCCACGGCCGGGCCCCGGGCGGCGCCGGCCCCCCUCAAGCCCGACAGGGACCUGAUCGUGUUCCCCGAGGCCGGGCGGCGGGCCCAGCCGGCCCGGUUCCGGGACAUCGACGUGGACAAGCUGACGACGGCGGAGCUGGAGAAGCUGCUGCUGGACGAGGACUUUGGGUCGGAGAGCCGGGCCGCGCGCCCGUCCUCCCUGCUGGGCGUCAACCUCAGCGCCUCCUACCCCGGCGGCCACGGAGGCCACGCCCCCUCCUUCCACGGAGGCCACGCCCCCCCCUGGACCCCGGUUCUGGCCACGCCGCCGGGCCCCGGCACGCCCACCGGCCCGCUCUUCCCCUCGGCGCCGUUCCCCAAACCCGGCGCCUUCAACGGCUUCACGCCGGGCCUGUCGCCCUUCCUGGCGCCGGCGCCGCCCUUCCUGGCGUUCCAGCCCGCCGCCGUCGCCGCCAUGGCGUUCCCGGCGCCGCCCGUGGACCCGGCCAUGGCCCGGCUGCUCAGCAAGAUCGCCAGCACCUCGGAGUACCUGAGGAACGGGCGGGCGGCCGACCCGGACCCCCCGGGGGCCGCCGCCUCGCUGGCGCCCAACCCGCCCCCCCAGGCGGCGCCGGCGCCGGAGCCGGCCCACAUCAGCUGCUUCGACUGGCUGGACCUGGACCCGCUGACCCGGCGCAAGGCCGAGGAGGAGGCGGCCCCCGCCGCCCCGGCGGCGGGGGCCGGGGUUCCCGCCGGGGUUCCCGCCGGGGAUCCCUGGGACGCGGUUCUGGAGACCGAAGGGACCGGCGGGACCAGCGGGACCAGCACCCCCCCCACCCUCUCGGACCGCUCCAAGCAGCGCCGGGCGUCGACCGGGGCGGCGGUGACCCGGAGCCACUCCCUCAACAUCCCCGGGACCUCCUCCCCGCACAAACCCAAACAGGAAAAGGGAAGAGGACGAGGUCUGGUGAGGAACGCUGAGCUGGAGGAGCAGGACGCUCAGAACCUGGAGAUCGUGGCCUUCUGCAGGGACGUGGCCGAGCUGCGCUCCACCUUCCCCCACGACGACAUCUCCACCAACCCGGGCUUCGUCCUGAGUCCCGUCAUCCCCCAGAGGGACGGAGGGGGAGACAGCAGCAGCUCCGUCAAGGUCUCCAUCGAGAUCUCCGACUCCCAGCAGCCGGUGACCUUCACCUGCGACGUGAGUUCCCCGGUGGAGCUGCUCAUCAGCCAGACCCUCUGCUGGGUCCACGACGACCUGGACCAGGUGGACUUCUCCAGCUACCUGCUCAAGGUGUGCGGCCGAGAGGAGGUGCUGCAGAACAAACACAGCCUGGGCAGCCACGAAUACGUGCAGAACUGCAGGAAGUGGGAGAACGAGAUCUCGCUGCAGCUGCUGUCCACGUCCACCAUGAGGAGGGACCUGGCCCGGACCCUGGAGGACGACGGCUCCCGGAUCGACCUGGAGCGCCACCUGGGCCAGGUGGAGCGGCCCUUCAAGGAGAACGUCACCAGACAAGCCCUGGCCGACUACCUGGAGGGCUACCACACCCAAGUCAGCAUCUGCCUCGGGAACGAGGGCACCCAGUACAAGACGGUGGAGCGGGUGGUGCAGACGGUGAAGAACCUGUGCUGCGCCCUGGACGAGGUGGAGACGCCGGCCGUCACGGAGGCCGUCAAGAGGCUGCGCCACUCCGUCAACCUGCCCCGACUUCGCUCGCCCAAGGUGGAGUCCUCGCCGUCGAACGGUGUGUCCGGGCCCGUGGAGGAGAGCAUGGCCCUGCUGACCAAGGCCGUGUACGACCUGGCCAAGCUGUACCUGCGCUCCUUCUGCCCCCCGUCGGCGUCCUUCAGCCCCCCCGAGGACGGGGGCGGAGCCCCGGAGGAGAGGCGGAGCCGAGAGGCCUCCGGCACCACGGACCACCUGCAGUUCACGCUGUUCGCCCUGCACGGCAUCCCGGGCUCCUGGGUCAGCAGCUAUGAGAAGUACUUCCUGGUUUGCUCUCUGACCCAUAACGGCAAGAACCUGUUCAAGCCGAUCCAGUCCAAGAGGGUCGGCGCCUACAAGAGCUUCUCCUACCACAUCAAGUGGGACGAGAUGGUCAGCUUCCCCAUCGCCGUGGCCGUCCUCCCCCUGGAGUCCGUCCUGGGCCUGACCCUGUUCGGGGUUCUGAACCAGAACGCCAGCGGCUCCCCGGACUCCAACAAGCAGCGCAAGGGGCCGGAGCUGCUGGGGAAGGUUUCCACGCCGCUCUUCGACUUCCGCGGGGUUCUGGCCCGGAACACCCGGCUGCUGUGUCUGUGGAUGUCGGUGCAGGGCCACGCCGCCGCCGCCCCCGGCCCGGCGGGGGGCCUCAGGUGGGCCCCGGCCCAGAGACUGGUGCUGCAGGUGGACUUCCCCGAGUCCCCGGUGGACGUUCUGUAUGUGGGGCCCACGCGGGCCCCCAGCCCAGAGCCCCCGCCCCUGGAGAAGCUGGACCCCGACCUGCGGCGCAAACUGGAGAGGAUCUGCAGCCGGGCCUCCAACUUUGGGCUGAAGCGGGCCGACCACCAGCUCCUGUGGGACCACCAGCUCCACUGCCGGAGGGACCACCCCAGCUGCCUGCCCAAGGUCCUGGCCAGCGCCCCCAGCUGGGACUGGGCCAGCAUGGCCCACAUCCACGCGCUGCUGCACCGCUGGCCCGCCCUGCCCCCCGUCACGGCGCUGGAGCUGCUGGACUGCAGGUUUGCCGACACCGACGUGAGGAGCGUGGCGGUCAGCUGGAUCCAGAAGAGCAGCGACGACGAGCUGGCCGACUACCUGCCGCAGCUGGUGCAGGCGCUGAAGUUUGAGUGUCACCUGAAGAACUCGCUGGUGGUGUUCCUGCUGUCCAGAGCUCAAGGGAACAUCAACAUCGCCCACCACCUCUACUGGCUGCUGAAGGACGCGGUGCAGGACCCGGCCUGGGGGUGGCGCUACGAGCGGGUGCUGGGCGCCCUGCUCUGCCUGAGCGGCAGCAAGCUGAGGGCCGAGCUGGAGAAGCAGACCAGCCUGGUGACUCUGCUGGGAAACGUGGCGGAGCGGGUCCGGCAGGCCGGCGGGUCCACGAGACAGGUGGCGCUGCAGGAGGGCCUGGAACACGUCCAGAACUUCUUCCAGAAGAACCGGUGCCGGCUGCCGCUCAGCCCCAGCCUGGUGGCCAAGGAGCUGAACACUAAGGCCUGCUCCUUCUUCAGCUCCAACGCGGUUCCCCUGAAGUUGGCGCUGGUCAACGCCGACCCGCUGGGCGAGGAGAUCAACGUCAUGUUCAAGGUGGGGGAGGACCUGAGGCAGGACAUGCUGGCCCUGCAGAUGAUCCGGAUCAUGGACCGGGUCUGGCUGCAGGAGGGUCUGGACCUGCGCAUCGUCAACUUCAAGUGCAUCUCCACCGGGACGGACAAAGGCAUGGUGGAGCUGGUCCCCUCCUCCGACACCCUCAGGAAGAUCCAGGUGGAGUACGGCGUCACCGGCUCCUUCAAGGACAAACCUCUGGCCGAGUGGCUGCGCAAGUACAACCCUGCAGAGGACGAGUACGAGAAGGCCUCGGAGAACUUCAUCUACUCGUGCGCCGGCUGCUGCGUCGCCACCUACGUCCUCGGCAUCUGCGACCGGCACAACGACAACAUCAUGCUGCGCUCCACCGGACACAUGUUCCACAUCGACUUCGGGAAGUUCCUGGGCCACGCCCAGAUGUUCGGCAGCUUCAAAAGGGACCGGGCCCCGUUCGUCCUGACCUCGGACAUGGCGUACGUCAUCAACGGGGGCGAGCGUCCGACCAGCCGGUUCCAGCUGUUCGUGGAUUUGUGCUGCCAGGCCUACAACCUGAUCCGGAAGAACUCGGGGCUGUUCCUGAACCUGCUGUCGCUGAUGAUGUCGUCAGGUCUGGUGGAGCUGAGCAGCUCUCAGGACCUGAAGUACGUGUUCGACGCCCUGCAGCCCCACAACACCGACGCCGAGGCCACCAUCUUCUUCACCAGGCUCAUCGAGUCCAGUCCUGGGAGCGUGGCCACCAAGUUCAACUUCUUCAUCCACAACCUGGCCCAGCUCCGGUUCUCGGGCCUGCCGGCCAACGACGAGCCCAUCCUGUCCUUCUCCCCCAAGACCUACACCCUGAAGCAGGAGGGCCGCAUCGUCCACGCCUCCAUCUUCUCCUUCCAGAAGAGAUACAACCCGGACAAGCACUACACCUACGUGGUGAGGAUCCUCCGGGACGGGCAGAACGAGCCUCAGUUCGUCUUCCGCACCUUCGACGAGUUUCAGGAGCUGCACAACAAACUAACCAUCCUGUUUCCCCUGUGGAAGCUGCCGAGGUAGGAACCCUUUUCCAACAAGAUGGUUCUGGGCCGAACGCACAUCAAGGAGGUGGCGGCUAAGAGGAAGCUGGAGCUCAACCACUACGUCCACAACCUGACCAGGAGCUCCGCCGAGGUGUUCCAGUGUGACCUGAUCUACACCUUCUUUCAUCCAAUUGCACGAGACGACAAGACGGACGGGUUGGACACAACGCCCAGAGUCUCCGAUCCCCCGCUGAGCCCCACGUCCGGCCGGGUGGAGGGGGAGGUGAAGCUGUCCAUCUCCUACAGGAACAGCACCCUCUUCAUCAUGGUGAUGCACAUCCGAGACCUGGUGUCCGAGGACGGAGCCGACCCCAACCCCUACGUGAAGACCUACCUGCUCCCAGACCCCCACAAGACCUCCAAGCGCAAGACCAAGACCACCAGGAAGACCAGGAACCCCACCUUCAACGAGAUGCUCGUCUACAGCGGCUACAGCAAAGAAACGCUGGGCCUGCGGGAGCUGCAGCUGAGCGUGCUCAGCGCCGAGUCGCUGCGCGAGAACUACUUCCUGGGCGGCAUCACGCUGCGGCUGCAGGACUUCGACCUCAGCAACGAGACGGUCAAGUGGUACAAGCUGACGGCCGUCCCGUACUUCUGACCCCCGGGACCCUCGGGACCCGGGACCCGGGGCCCGGGACCAGGACUCUCUCUCUCUCUCUCUUCACAACUAAUCGCCAGGUUUUCCGUCACCGUGUCCUUUCGUGUCUCUUUUCCUUAAUUUUAACAAAAAGCUGUAAUGUUUUGUACAUUUUGAUAUUAGAGGACCAAACCGGUUACUUCCAGAAGAGUAAAUAUAUAUAAAUAUAAAUAUAAAAUAGACUGACAUGUAUUUUUAAAGAGCAGGAAGGAGGCUCGUUUCUACAUUUCUCUUGUAUAUUUUCUUCAGGAGCAGCAAGGGCUUCUGGGUAGUGUAGUCCAACACGGCGGAUUUAAAGAAAAUAGACUCAUAAAAACAGAAAAAAGUGCCAAAACAAAUGAAAAGGGCCGACAUGAAACCACUCUUGCCACCCAGGGUGCCUUGGUUUCUCCUCCCGGCCUGAUUUAAACGCUCCGCUUGGCCUUAUUGAUCUGUGUUUUAUUAAUCAUGUGUCCUGAUUACAUGAACUCUGGCGGGCCGCCGCCACCGGGGGGCGCCACCGCACCACUUAAAGGGGAAACUGUCUCAUAAGCUUCGGACCUCUGGACCGGCUCUGAAUCGGGGUGCAGGAUCAGAACCAGGGCCCUGCCGGGGUCCGGACCCGGGGCCCUCCAGACCCGGGGCCCCUCAGACCCGGGGCCCUCCAGACCCGGGGCCCCUCAGACCCGGCUCCUGUGGGAGGGCAGCAGAACCAGGUCCAGACCGUCUUCUCAAGAAGGGAACCAGGAACUGCUUCUCCGUGUAACUUUGAACCUGAAGCUGUUUGUUGAUAAUAAAGAAGUUGAACAUGAGUUUAUCUGUCGAGGUUCUUAAAUCUCCCGCGACGGUUCUGAUCAUUAAAUAUCUGCGGCUCGAUCCGAGGACGAGGAGCAACUGUUAACCAGGCCAGUUAUUUAUUCCUAAUUGGUGACCCCCCCCCGACUGGAUCCGUUUGUACUGUAAUCCCACCUUUUCCUGAAGCACAUUAAAUGUUUUUGGAACAAAUA